ACGCGCGCCUCUCCUGAUUCAGCGGAACAGAUUUAUUCGUCACCUCUCCCCUGCAGCCUCACGCUGCGCGCCUUGCUGCAAAACACACGAGGCAAUCCCGAGCCCAGCGGCACCUGCCCCGGCCGCCCUCCCUCUGUCUGGCUGCGCAGAUUAGCGGCUCGCUUUACAACUCCGACCGGUGGCCGCCGCAGUUGGGAGGGAGAGACGACGGCCACCACGAAAUGCAGCAGAGACCAGCGGCGCGCGCGAGCGAUGGGGAAACUAAAGAGACGCAACUGCACUGAGGAAGAGUCCAAGGAGAAACUGCGGGACAAGUAGAUAACCAAUAAAACCACUCUUCCUGCGUCUCUACCUUUGGAUGCCCCUGGCAGGGAGAUGUUCAUCAUUAUGGGAUAGAUGCACGGCUCUUCUCGUUGCCAUGGAUACCAGCACGCGAAAAUUCACAGUGCGGAGAUGGUUUUCUAUUUACCUGAAGAACAAGGCGGCAAGGAACAAGAACAACGCCGGAUUCUGCCAACUGGAGGAUGACAGCGUUCUUAAGGAGAUCGACAUCAGCCACCAUGUUAAGGAGGGAUGUGAGAAAGCAGAUCCUUCUCAAUUCCAGCUGCUGAAGGUGCUCGGACAGGGCUCCUAUGGAAAGGUGUUUCUGGUGAGAAAGAUAAGAGGAGUGGACCGAGGACAGCUGUAUGCCAUGAAGGUCCUGAAGAAGGCCACACUCAAAGUUCGAGAUCGAGUGCGUUCAAAGAUGGAACGAGACAUCCUGGCCGAGGUCAACCACCCUUUUAUAGUUAAACUCCAUUAUGCCUUUCAGACAGAAGGGAAACUCUAUCUGAUCCUGGACUUCCUCCGCGGUGGAGACCUUUUCACUCGUCUGUCUAAGGAGGUAAUGUUUACAGAGGAGGAUGUGAAGUUUUACCUUGCAGAGUUGGCUCUGGCCUUGGACCACCUCCACAGCUUGGGGAUCAUCUACAGGGAUCUCAAACCUGAAAAUAUUCUUCUGGAUGAAGAAGGCCACAUUAAAAUUACUGACUUUGGUUUGAGCAAGGAAGCCAUUGACAAUGAUAAAAGAGCAUAUUCCUUCUGUGGAACAAUAGAGUACAUGGCUCCAGAGGUGGUAAACAGAAGAGGACAUACACAAAGUGCGGACUGGUGGUCGUUCGGGGUGCUCAUGUUUGAAAUGUUGACGGGAUCGUUACCAUUUCAAGGCAAAGAUCGGAAAGAAACAAUGGCGCUCAUUCUGAAGGCCAAACUGGGAAUGCCACAGUUUCUAAGUCCUGAAGUGCAGAGUUUAUUGAGAGCGCUCUUCAAGAGGAAUCCUGCUAAUAGACUCGGUGCAGGACCGGAUGGAGUAGAAGAAAUAAAAAGACAUCGCUUCUUUGCAUCAAUAGACUGGGAUAAGCUGUACAGGAAAGAAGUGAGACCCCCGUUCAAGCCUACUGUAGGAAGACCUGAGGAUACUUUUCAUUUUGACCCCGAGUUUACCUCCAGAACACCAACUGAUUCCCCGGGCAUCCCUCCCAGCGCAAACACACACCAGUUGUUUCGUGGCUUCAGCUUCGUGGCAACAAAUCAAAGCCAGGAGGCGACUGUCGCCACGGUAGCGUCCUCUCGACAGGAGGUGAACAUCAACCCCAUAGCACAGCAUCUCCGGGGUGACGUGGCCUUCAGUGAUGUCUACGAGCUGAAAGAAGAAGUCGGACAGUCGGGAGCGUCUGUCUGCAAAAGAUGUCUGCACAGGGUGACUGCUGUCGAGUACUCAGUGAAGAUCAUUGAGAGAGCAAGGAGGGAUCCGUCAGAGGAAAUAGAGAUUCUAUUGAGAUACGGACAACAUCCAAAUAUUGUCAGUUUAAAGGAUGUGUUUGAUGACGGCCAGAGUGUGUUCCUCGUCCAAGACUUACUGAGGGGCGAGGAGCUGCUGGACAGAGUUCUGACACAGCCAAGUUUCACUGAGAGAGACGCAUCAGACAUCAUCUGCACGCUCACCAAAACCGUGGAGUAUUUACACUCACAGGGGGUUGUGCAUCGAGACCUGAAACCAAGCAACAUCCGCUACGCCGAUGAUGGCGGGCUCCCGGGGAGCAUCAGGAUUUGUGACUUUGGUUUUGCCAAACAGCUCAGGGCGGAAAACGGCCUGUUGAUGACUCCCUGCUACACGGCCACAUUCAUGGCUCCUGAGGUCCUGAGGAAGCAGGGCUACGAUGCAGCCUGUGACAUCUGGAGCCUGGGGAUCCUGCUCUACACCAUGAUCGCUGGUUUCAGCCCGUUCGCCAGCAGUCCCCAGGACACCGCCGAGGAGAUCCUGGCUCAGAUUGGCAGCGGGAAAUUCGUCAUCACAGGAGGGAACUGGGACCUCGUGUCAGAGGCAGCUAAGGACCUUGUUAUCAAGAUGCUCCAUGUGGACCCUCACCAGCGUCUGACUGCCCCACAGGUUCUCCGUCACCAGUGGAUUGUGGACAGAGGUCAGCUUUCUGACAGAAGUCUCACCAGACAGGAUGCACUCACUGUUAAGGGGGCGCUGUGCGCCACUUACUCUGCUCUGAGGCGCUGUGCUCCUGCUCCAGUCCUGGAGCCGGUUCAGUCCUCCAGCCUGGCUCAGCGGAGAGGGAUGAAGAAACAGGGGAGUCCAGAGGUUUCCUCAGACGCUAAAGAAAAGGAGUAGUCUCAGUCACCACACUGUUAGCGAUGAGGUUCCCGCUUCUCUGAAAAGCACAAAACAAGCCGUGCAUCCUUGACCGUGAAGAGGUUAUUUGGAUCGGCAUCAAUAUCGCCCCAAGUUUACUCCAGUUAAAGUUCAAAUUUAAUUUGAGAAUAAAUUAGACAUACCAGUUAAAACGUCCACCUUUACGACUAACUUGACUCUAAAUUGACGAAAUCAAGUAUUACACUUUAAAAAUAAACCCUCCAGUGGGUUCAAUUCAUACUUUAAGAGGCCUUGAUAGAUAUUUUUAUUUCUGUGGGGAUUACAUGCUCAGUUUGAGCGACAACACAUGCAUAUUUGCCGCUUUGUAUUCAUACAGGUAGAAAAACACUGCAAUAUUCACACGCUUUGAUUUAUAUCUGUCAUACCUCCUGCUGUUUACACACAGCUAUGAAGGUCAGAACACCAAAAAUGAAGCUGUAUUCUGUGCCACAAACACACAUCACGAAAUGAAUUCACCUAGAUUUGUAUGUUUAAUCCGUACGUUUGUAAAAAAGAUUUACCAAAAAAAAAAAAAAAAAAUCAAAGACAGCCAAAUACUAGCACCAUUUGCCACAGCCAUGGCUUUAAUGUAUACAGUAGUUUAAUGAGGUAGCGCCACUCAGACUGUCAUGUGUUUCCUCCUAUUUUAUGAAUUCUACAGUUAUGCAUGUUAAAAAUGUAAAUAUUCAACCAAAGGGAAUUAUUUCUUAACAAUGCCGCUGAGUCUUAUUGUCCAUAAAUAAUGCUUAAUAAGUUGUCGUACGUUACAUGUAUCGUUGUCUUCCAUAAAUGCAGCCUUUGAAUCUUUAAAAUGUUUGUUGUGAAUUGUAUUGCUGUCGCACAUGUCAGAUCAGAAGGAACAGUGAUCUGUGAAGGGAUUUCCAGUUUGCAUUUUGUCAAUUCUCAAUGUCACUGGCUGGAAAGUUUUGACUCAAUAAGCGUCGUACAGGUCUCACACACACCAUAGCAAAUCUCUAUAUGUUGCAUUUCCCAGUCAGCAUUGCAGUUCAUCGUCCCGUGCAGGCUUGUGAGUAGCUGUCAGUAGGCUUCUGUUUGCCAAUAGUGUCUGAAAGCCAAAAUGUUUUGAGAACCACCUGUGUCAGAAGUUUCUGUAUAGCUACUGUCUUUUUGCUGCUGCCCUGAUUGUAUCCGCCGUGGCGUGCAAUCUUGAAUACGAGGUAAGACUGAACAGGGUGUGAGGAGCACUUGGUGUUGUACAGUUUAACGGUAGGAAUGUAGAUUUGGAAGCUUCACAAUUUACACACCUAUCUGACGAUCAGAAGAAAAACAGCAAAAUGGUGUGUUUGUGGAAUGAGCACCGUAGCAGAGAUACAGUAAAACUGAACAUGAGAUGUUUGCUGAUACACAUGUGCUGUGUCGCGCUGUACAGGUGUUUGCCAGGUGUAGACAGGGCCAAUGCACCAAUGUUUGCAGAAAAGGUUGUAGAUAUUGUGUUGUACAACCACAAGUUGGAGGUAAAGUUGUACAUAUUGUUUACUAAUUUAGACUGUAUAUACUGCUUUGAAAAACCAACAGAAAUAUAUUAAAUUGUGUAUAUACAUAUACAUAUAUAUAUAUAUUGCUCAGCAAUCAGGAAGACUGUAUAUUUUGUGUUAGCAAAUAUAUUGAGACUGCACAUAUUACUGUGUAUUGUGCAUCCAUUACCCAGAGUGUACAUACUGUCGAUAACUGGCCAAUCAUUGAAAUAAUUGGCUAAAAUGCCAAAGUUUUACAAAUAAAGAUACUGAAAACGG